AGAAUAUCGGGUUGAUGAAUGUUGAGCGAGUGGCGUGGUCCAACCAUAUCGGUUCGUACACUUACGAGCUAUGAAAUUUCUGACGAGCUCUGUCGUCGGCAACUUCAGGUACUGGAGCGUCGGUAUGGUGGCCGUCUGCGCGCUCAUACAGCUGCCACACGAAUACAACGAGCAUUCCGUCAGUCAUGUUUGUUGAAACAGUGGAAGCAUCUGGUGUUACCCAUCCAAAAUAGUGCAGUAUGUUCCAGAACUGAUGGCAGUCAGGGAUGUAAUGAUGUUUCAAAGCGUGAUGUAUGUCAGGGAUCUAAUGAUGUUUUAAAGCGUGAUGCAUCUUUCGCAGUUGCAUCUAAUGCUCAAGCAUGUCUUUAUCGACCUUCUCUUACACCAGUUAGGCCGAAGAAUCCAUCGGCACGCAUCAAGAUAUCGAUACCGGAACGAGGUUGUAAAGUACCUUUGGCAGUUGGAGAAAGUAUUGGAAGUGCCAGAUUUGACAGUGAAUCACCUCAUCGUUCUGCAGUAGAGUGUUUGUCGCCUCGACUUUCCCAGCGAAGGAUUGUGACAGAUGUGACGCAUCCAACAACACAUGUUUGGCUUCCUCGUUCAUCAGCAGUUACCGGGCGUAGCAACCAUUCAAACUCACUUCCUCGUCUCGACAAACAUGCCACACCAUGUCAAGUAGUCAGCACUUCAUCGAAUGCUCCUGGAGUACCAGAUCAACGAAGAAGGCGUCAAUAUAGAAUAGCGCUUAAUUUCUUUAAUAAGAAACCUACACGUGGUGUACAGUAUCUCAUUGAAUGGGGUUUUGUUGAGGACAAUUCGCUCGCAAUUGCUAAUUUAUUAUUGCAUCGUCGUGGCUUAAGUAAACAAAUGAUUGGUGAAUACAUUGGGCACUUGCACAGUCCUUUUCAGUCCUCUGUUCUCAGUCAUUUCGUUGACCAGAUUGAUUUGCAUGGGAUGGAAGUGGAUAUUGCCCUCAGGCACACGCUUUCUUUUUUUCGCCUUCCAGGAGAAGCGCAGAAAAUCGAGAGAAUUAUGCAGGUGUUUUCUGCACAUUACGCCGUCUGCAAUCCUGAUAAGGCUGCACUUUUUCACAGUGCAGAUACAAUAUUCAUCUUGGCGUUUGCCAUUGUUAUGCUAAACACAGAUCUUCAUUCGCCUAAUAUCAAACCAUCACUAAAAAUGAAGGUGGGAGAUUUCAUCAAUAAUUUACGUGGAAUCGAUGCAGGAUACGACAUUGACAGGGCACUGUUGGUUCGUAUUUACCGUCGGAUUCGUGACUCGCCGUUUAGCACAGGAUCAGAUCAUGUAUCGCAGGUUAUAGCGGUUGAUCAAAGUAUGGUUGGCAAGGAUAAGCCAAGCUUGGCCGAACCACAUCGUCGCCUUGUGUGUUACUGUCGUUUGAACCAGAUUAUUGAUCGUAGUAAGCGACAACCAGCCAACGCUCAUCAACGAGAAGUUUUUUUGUUCAACGAUCUUCUGUUGAUUGCAAAAAUGGCUUCAAAGAGGAAAUCAUGUUGCCAAUAUGUAUUACGCACAUGGAUGAUGCUGCUGGGGGUGCGUGUUAGCAUGUUCGAGACUCCUUUUUAUGAAUAUGGCAUUAUGGUCACACUGUCUGAUGGACAAGAAAUUUAUUUUAACUCGAAAAACGACGACGACAGGCAUCGGUUCGUGGCAGAUAUAAAGGAAUCAGUAGCCGAAUGCGCUGAAAUGGAAGCAGUAAGAAUUGAUGCCGAAUUGGACAAGCAUUCGUUGAUAAGUCGUAGCGAUGGACCACGUGAGCGAGAUUCGGGUUUAUCCGAGAUGGAAGGCAAUACGUCGAAUAGUGCUGCUAAUACAUCACCCAAUACACCGCAGCAAGCUUUAAAUUUAUGUUCCAUACGUCGUCUUAGUUUUAAUUCAUUUGAUAGUGGAGUUAUUGAGGAAAGUUGUGAAUCAUUUUCCCAUUCAGGCCUGUCAUCCGUUGCACCCCUCUAUCCUUCAAAACGUUUGGAGGCUGCUAUAUGA